GCGGGGCUCCCGUCUCGCGCCACUUUCGGGAGCCUUUGGCGCGAGCGCCAUGGCCGAGAGCGGCGCUCGGGGCCCGGACGCUAUGAGUGAGUCUGGAAGUUUUGCAGCAUCACAUUCUAGACGUGAGAGGAAGAAUAGAAGAGGCCAGCAAGAAGCACUUGAACGUCUGAAAAAAGCCAAAGCUGGGGAAAAAUUAAAAUAUGAGGUUGAGGAGUUCACGGGUGUUUAUGAUGAAAUAGAUGAGGAUGAAUACUCCAAGAUGGUCAGAGACCGUCAGGAUGAUGACUGGAUUGUUGAUGAUGAUGGGAUAGGUUAUGUAGAAGAUGGAAGGGAAAUCUUUGAUGAAGAUCUGGAUGAUGAUGCUCUUAUUUCCAAUAAGAAAGGAAAAGGUGGCAGAACAUCUACAGUUGAUAAAAAGAAUGUGAAAAAAUCUGUGGUGUCAAAGCCAAACACAAUUAAGUCUAUGUUUAUGGCCAGUGCUGGGAAGAAAAACACAGAUAAAACUGUGGACCUGUCCAAGGAUGAUUUACUGGGGGAUAUUCUUCAAGAUAUUAGUGCUGAAACAGUUCAGCUAAGUCCACCACCAGUUAUAGUGCUGAAAAGGAAAAGAUCUGCUGGAGUACCACUCAAUCCUUUCUCUGUACAGUCCCAAACUCCUAAGGCAAUCACCCCUAUAUCAAAGAAAGCACCUGCUCAUGUCAGAAAGGAAACUCCUCCUCCAGCUUCAUUUCAUCUUAAGCACCCCAAUAAUACAUCAAAAUCUGUCAGAGUCUCUGAAAAUAAGGACACCAAGCAUGUACAAAAACCUAUAGAAAAUGAGAGAAUGGUGAAGGCAGUAGGAGAGAAAGCUACUAAAGCACUUCCAGAUGAUGAUCAGGGAAUGAUGGAUUUUGAUGAGGAGGACUUUGAUGAACCUAUGGAAGCAGAGCAUGUGGAAACUAUACCUGAGACAGCUGAAAGCUUGAAAAGAGACAGUGAAAUUGAGAAGAAAGAGACAGAGCAGCUGGAAUCAGAGAAGAAAGAGACUUCUGCCUUAAGUUGUUCUCUCCCAGGUCUCUCAUGUUGGGACAGAAUUGAUGAGGAUGAAGCUGAUCUAGUAGCAGCAGAAGUUCAACUGGACCCCAAUCUCCUUCCACUGGUGAAUGGGGAAAGUGAUGAUCAAGUCUUCAGAUUUUAUUGGCUGGAUGCUUAUGAAGAUCAGUUCAGUCAGCCAGGUGUGGUAUUUUUGUUUGGCAAAGUUUGGAUUGAAUCUGCAAACACCUAUGUCAGCUGUUGUGUGACAGUGAAAAAUAUUGAGAGAACUGUUUAUCUGCUGCCACGUGAAACAGAAAUCGACCUAUCUUCUGGUAAAGAGACAGAGACUCCAGUAACUAUAAUGAGUGUUUUCAAGGAAUUUAAUGACACCAUUUCACCAAAGUACAAGAUCAUGAAGUUCAAAUCCAAGAAAGUGGAAAAACACUACGCUUUUGAGAUUCCAGAUGUACCAGCAAAAUCUGAAUACCUAGAAGUUAAAUAUUCAGCUGAAUGCCCUCGGCUUCCCCAAGACCUGAAGGGACAAACAUUCUCACAUGUCUUUGGAACCAACACCUCUAGCCUGGAACUUCUCUUGAUGAAUCAGAAGAUCAAAGGACCCUGCUGGCUGGAAAUAAAGAAUCCACAGCCUUCAAAUCAGCCACUCAGCUGGUGUAAAGUGGAGGCUGUGGCCAUGAAGCCUGGCUUGGUGAACGUGGUUAAAGAGCUUUCUCCUCCUCCUCCCCUGGUGGUCAUGUCCUUCAGCAUGAAGACCAUCCAGAACCCAAAGACUCACCAGAAUGAGGUUGUGGCUCUUGCAGCUCUGGUUCAUCAGAAAUUUCCUUUGGAUAAGGCUCCACCUCAGCCUCCUUUUCAAACACACUUCUGUGCUGUUUCCAAACCGAGUGAUUGCAUUUUUCCUUAUGACUUCAAAGAAGCCAUUAAAAAGAAGAAUGCUAAAAUAGAGAUUGCUGCAACAGAGAGAACACUGCUGGGAUUUUUCCUUGCGAAGAUUCACAAAAUUGACCCAGAUGUUGUUGUGGGUCAUAAUAUUUAUGGAUUUGAUCUGGAAGUGCUGCUUCAAAGAAUUAAUUUGUGCAAAGUCCCUCACUGGUCCAAGAUAGGUCGACUGAGGAGGUCUAAUAUGCCAAAGCUUGGGGGCCGAGGAGGGUUUGCUGAAAGGAAUGCUGCCUGUGGUCGCAUGAUUUGUGAUGUGGAAAUUUCUGCUAAAGAACUAAUUCGCUGCAAAAGUUACCAUUUGUCUGAGCUGGUCCAUCAGAUUUUGAAAACAGAGAAGGUAACAAUUCUACCAGAGGAAAUUCCAAAUAUGUACAGUGAUUCUCCUCGCUUACUGUUCAUGCUGGAAAACACCUGGACAGAUGCCAAGUUCAUUCUCCAGAUCAUGUGUGAGCUGAAUGUUCUGCCACUGGCUCUUCAGAUAACAAACAUCUCUGGGAAUGUCAUGUCCAGGACGAUGAUGGGUGGACGAUCUGAACGUAACGAGUUCCUGCUGCUUCACGCCUUUCACGAGAAGGAUUACAUUGUGCCAGACAAACAGGUUUUCAAAAAGCCUCCACAGAAGCUGGUGGAUGAAGAUGAAGAGUUUGAAGAUCAGAAUAAAUCAAAGAUAGGGAAAAAGAAAGCAGCAUAUGCUGGGGGCUUAGUCUUGGAACCCAAAGUCGGUUUUUAUGACAAGUUUAUUUUGCUUCUCGACUUCAACAGCUUGUACCCAUCAAUUAUUCAGGAGUUCAACAUCUGCUUCACCACUGUGCAGAGACUGUCAUCAGAAGCACAGAAAAGGGCAGAGGUUGAAGAAGAAGAAGAAAUUCCAGAGCUUCCAGACCCGUCUCUGGAAAUGGGAAUUUUGCCUAAAGAAAUCAGGAAACUGGUGGAGAGAAGACGCCAAGUUAAGCAGUUAAUGAAACAGCCAGAUUUAAAUCCUGACCUCUAUUUACAGUAUGAUAUCAGACAGAAAGCUUUGAAACUCACUGCUAACAGCAUGUAUGGCUGCCUGGGAUUUUCCUACAGCAGAUUCUAUGCCAAGCCUUUGGCUGCUUUGGUGACACAUAAAGGGAGAGAGAUUUUGAUGCAUACCAAGGAGAUGGUGCAGAAGAUGAACCUUGAAGUGAUUUAUGGAGACACAGAUUCCAUUAUGAUAAACACUAAUAGCACCAGUUUGGAUGAGGUCUUCAAGCUGGGGAAUAAGAUCAAAAAUGAAGUGAACAAGCUGUACAAAUUGUUGGAAAUUGAUAUUGAUGGAAUUUUUAAGUCCUUGCUAUUGUUAAAGAAGAAGAAAUAUGCUGCUCUGAGUGUGGAACCAACAGGAGAUGGGAAAUAUGUAACUAAACAAGAGCUGAAAGGGCUGGAUAUAGUCCGGAGAGAUUGGUGUGAUCUUGCUAAACAGACUGGCAACUAUGUAAUUGGUCAGAUUCUUUCUGAUCAGCCCCGAGACAUAAUUGUGGAAAAUAUUCAAAGGCGACUUAUAGAAAUUGGAGAAAAUGUGGUCAGUGGUCAGAUCCCUGCAAAUCAGUUUGAAAUAAACAAGGCAUUGACAAAAGAUCCCCAGGAUUAUCCUGACAAAAAAGCCUUGCCACAUGUGCAUGUGGCCAUGUGGAUAAACUCUCAUGGAGGCCGAAAGGUGAAGGCAGGAGACACAGUGUCAUAUAUCAUUUGUCAGGAUGGAUCAGAUCUCAGUGCCAGCCAGCGAGCAUAUGCUCCAGAACAGUUAAAAAAGCAAGAAAAUCUUAAAAUUGAUUAUCAGUACUACCUGUCACAGCAAAUACAUCCAGUAGUUGCUAGAAUAUGUAUGCCCAUAGAAGGAAUUGACUCUGUUCUUAUUGCAACAUGGUUAGGACUGGAUCCCUCCCAAUUCAGAGUCCAUCACUAUUACCAUAAAGAUGAGAAUGAUGCCUUGGUUGGUGGCCCAGCUCAGCUCACUGAUGAGGAGAAAUAUAGGGAUUGUGAAAGAUUCAAGUUUUGCUGCCUCAAAUGCGGAACAGAAAAUAUUUAUGACAAUGUCUUUGAUGGUUCGGGGCGGUUUAUUGAACCCAGCUUGCAGAGGUGCAGCAAGACAGAAUGUGAGGAGCCUCCUUUCAACUAUGUGGUUCAAAUGAACAACAAGUUACUGCUGGAUAUUAGACGCCACAUCAUAAAAUACUACAGUGGUUGGUUAAUAUGCGAGGAGCCAACUUGCCAGAAUCGAACGCGUCGGCUCCCGCUGAGUUUCUCCCGGAGCGGCCCCGUGUGCCAGGCCUGCAGGAAGGCUGUUCUGAGACCAGAGUAUUCUGACAAGGCCCUGUACACUCAGCUCUGCUUCUACCGAUACAUUUUUGAUGUGGACUAUGCGAUGGAUAAAGUGGUUACUGAGGAAGAGAGAGAGUAUUUGAAGAAGAAGCAACUCAGGAGGGAAGUCUCUGAGGCCUACAAAAGACUGAAGAGCACCGUAGACAAAUGCCUGGCCAUGAGUGGCUACUCAGAAGUGAACCUUGGCAAACUCUUCACCGUCAGUAUAGGAAGAAGAUCUGUGGGAGAGCCCAGGAAUGAACGACAGUGACUGAUUAAAAAUGGAGGGAGGCCAGUCCCUUGUUUAUCAGUAAUGAUCUCUUCAGCAAUACUCUAUUUCAGUAUGUACAAUGAUGUUUUAAUAAUCUUGUCUCUUUGGAGGAGGAGAAAUGGGAGAUGAAAACAGGAUGUAUGAUUCUUGUGGAUAUGAAGUAUUCAAGGUGUUUUUAUCUUCCUUUUUUUCCUCAUUGAGAAACCAGGGUUAUUAAAAUAUGGAGUAGUUGAUUUUUGCAAUAUUUUUUGUUGUGUAUUUAGACCUAUGAGGGAAAAGGGGGUGGGGGAAUUGCUGCUUUAAUUGGAUAAUUCCCAGUGAGAGUUGCUGGAAUGUAAGUGAUCCUAGACUUUGCUCCAGGGUAUUUACUAGAGGUGCUCUCAGGAAGAGAGGUUAGUAGAGGUCUCAGUAGGAGCACUAAUGUUUUGCCUUUUCACGGUUUAUCUUCUUCCUGAUCAUAAACAUACCAAUUAAAAACAAUACUAAACCUAAAUGCAUUUAAAUGUCCUAUUACCUUCUGAACAGAGGUAGGGAUGCUUUACUUUGAAAUUCAUUAAAGAACGACUGAAACCUGGAGAUGCUAAAAAUAGGGACCAUCUUUUUAUUAGGAGUCUUUCCAAGCAUCUUUAAGCAUAGCAUUUUGCCACAUUGAAAAUUUCUGUGUGGAUGUAAAGACAUGCACAUGAACAAAACCCAUUUCACUCAUGCAGAGGAUAUAAAUGUGUUUCAUUUCAAAGUAUUUGAAAGUAAGCAAUCGAUAGAGAAAAAUAUUUUUGGGAUGUCAUUGUAACCAGUAAAAGGGGAAUGGAAAGCAGCAAAUCAUAGUUACUGUUCUGUAAUAAUUAUUGUGUUGGAGAUUUUAUAGUUUUUACAAACAAAUUGUAUUUUCAUUUACUUCUAAUAAAACGACAAGCAGAUAUGACAAGAUAAUAAAUUUGGGUACAUGCUUUUGUACACAAAAUAUUGUACUCUGUUCACUGUUUAGUUUGCAAUGUGAUAUAUUAAUGUAAGGUUAUAAAAAUUGCCUUAAAACCUUAAACAGUGUAAAAUGUAAAGUUUUUUUCAUACUUGAAGGAAAAAAAAUAAAGUUUUCUAGUAAAAGAGAA